AAAGCGGCACACACAAACACUUUGAGAACGAGCACACCCGGACACCGCAAUGUCAAGCGCAAACGGUUUCGUGUUUGUGUGCUGUGUGCUCGAUGGGAACGUCACAGCUCGAUACGACCAGCCGGCGAGAAGGAGGAUGACGUUGGACGAGGAAUGGUGUGAAGUCUCACUCAGCGUGGCUAAUGAUCCGGAUAACUUUGCCUCUUGGGAGAAACUCAUCGAAUAUAGCUGUAAAGGUCUGAACAAGGCCUCCUCGAGGGACAAAAUUGAAACGUUUCGCACUUCGUAUGAACAGUUCUUGAAGAAGUGGAGCUUCUGUGAAAGGUACUGGAUCAACUAUGCGCAGCUGGAAUGGCAGCUGGGCAAUACGGACCGGUGCCUGCUGAUCUACAGGCGCUCGCUGUCGUUGAUUCCGCAUUCGAAUUUGAUUUGGAUCUCGUAUUUGAAGUUACUGCCGCUCUGCGAGCUGGAGUAUCAAAACUUGCUGGCAGUGUACCGUGAAGCUGAACUACGCAUUGGGCUUCACUAUCACAGCUAUGAGUUUUGGAGGCUAUACUUGGAAUUAGAGGAGAAUCACAGGGGCAAAUCUAUCUACUGGUUCAACCUGUUGAAGAAAAUCGUUGAGAUUCCGAUCUAUAACUACUCCUAUUUCUUCCAAUUGCUGUUCGAUGAGAUUGAGAAUCUCAACCAGGACAACAUACUGCUAAUGGUGACCCGUGAUGAUCUCGUCAAGAAGCUGAAAUUGCAACACUCGCUGGAGGAGUUGGACCUGAAGCGUAUAAACUACCGUGAUUUGAAGUCCAAGUUGAAAAAAAUCUAUACAGAUGCCUACAUCACCACGCAGUUCAAAUCCUUUGAGCUGUAUGAGUAUGAAAAGGGUGUCAAAUUGGAAUUCUACUCUCCUCAAAUGGCGAAAUCGUAUCAAGAGCUGGACAACUGGAGCCGCUAUCUACAAUUCAUCGUCAUUAACGGUGACGAUCUACAAAUUCGGCAGCUAUUCCACAGGGCACUCGUGCCACUGUGUGAGUACCCUGAUAUAUGGCUGCAAUUUGCGCAGUACUACAUAUCGUCACAGAAGAUCCAGGAUGCUAAGCAUGUGCUGUACAAAUCGUUGCUACACCUCCGAGGCUCCAACAAGUCUGUUGUGCAACUGAAGUUGGUAAAGCUGGAGCUUUCGCACAGGAACUACCUCAAGGCACGUGACAUCCUGUUAUAUGCGCUUGGGGAAUCGCCCAAUAACGUCGAACUGUUACUGCAACUGAUCCACGUUGAAAAGUACAUAACGACGGACCCUCAGCAGUUCAACGAGUUCCUCGUCCAGCUGGUCACCACGCAGAACGACACCGACGUGGCCCUCGAGCUGUUCAAGCAGCUACCACACCAGCGCACCGACGCGCAGCUCAGGGCACAGCUGUCAACCACCCUCCACGACGACGCGCGCUACUGGAUCUUAACCUUAGAUGACAUGCUGAUAACACACGACGUGUCCUCCGUGCUGGAGCUCUACAACGAGUGUGUGUCGAACAACAGCUUACAUCAUCGCGACAAACUCGUCCAGUGGCACGCACAGCACCUGACACGCUUUGUGCCAUCCGACUACAGGGCUGACUGCGCACUUGCGCUGGGUAUCAACUGACUGCUUGUCGGUGCGGAACACCACCGCAGGACCAUCACCAUAGCAGCCCAGGACGUGAAGCACACCACCAAACGGUACAUACCACCACCAAUUCCACCACCGUAACUCGACACCUCGACCCAAGUAGCUGACUCUCCGCCGGCACCGCCGUUGCUGCCGUUACCACCACCACCACCACCGCGACC